AUUGAUAUUUCAAAUAAUAUACUCUUAUUGAGUGGACUAUCAUUUGGUGUCAUAUCUAUGGUAUAUGUAUUUUAUGGACCAAAUCAGUCACAAAAAGGUAGAUCCAGAGGAAAGAAGAGAAACAAUGGUGUUAACGGUCUCUACAAUUACGGCAAUCAGUGUUUCAUUAAUGCAAUCGUUCAGUCAUUAUCAUCGUCACCAUCGAUGAAGAGUUGGCUUAAUUACACCAAUGGUUUACAAACACAAACUAACAAUAGUCUCACUCAAAGUCUUCUCAAUACAAUCAAAGUGCUUAAUAAUGAAUCGGUUUGCGGACAGUCGUCUCAAUCGACAUACAAUGCUAUGAGUGUUGUAAAUGCAUUGAAGGCACACAAGUGGAGCAUUCCUAAUGAAGAACAGGAUGCCUUCGAGUUGUUUAAUAUCUUGACUACAACUCUGGAAUCCGAGUUGUAUUCAUCACUUCCCGUAUACUCAUUACAAGACGCGCUCUUAGCCGAGGGUCUCCUCAAUGAUGCCUCACCCGAAACCAGUCCUACAAUACACACGCGAGUGUCUCAGUCUAACAUUGAUGUCAAUAAACGUAUUGUAAAGGCAUUGCCAACUAAAGGCAUGUUAUGUUCACAACUUUAUUGCAGAAAAUGUAACCAUAAAUAUCCGCUACAUUUGGAGACAUUUGAUACCAUUUCUCUGGUUUUACCAAAUAAUAUGUUCGGAAUUCCGAUUCAAUUACAUGAAUGUCUUGAAAAGUUUGUCAGUAAUGAAAUCAUACAUGAAGUCAGAUGUGAGUCUUGUAUUAAAGAAAGUCAUCGAUUGGAUCCAAACAGAAAGUCCACAUUUGUUAAGAAAUUAACAUUUGCUAAAAUGCCUCAACUCUUGACUUUUCAUAUUCAACGACUUGUUUGGUUAUCUAAUGGUCAACCUAUGAAACGCAGCGAAAAUAUUAUUUUUCCUGAAUAUCUUGUAAUGGAUUCUUAUGUUUAUAAAUCAAAGACAUCCAGCAUUGAGUUGACUUCAUCGACAACAUUGGGUCUGAUUGGGGGCGCAUCGACACCAGUUAAAAGUGGUCUUUCAAAUCCUCUCUUUGUUUCUCAACCCAUACUUAACGAGUCUGAACGAAGUGGUGGAGACAAUACUACUUUAGUUAAAUAUAAAUAUAAGUUAUCUUCAGUUUUAGUCCAUUUAGGCGGCGCCUCAUCCGGUCAUUUCAUUUGCUAUCGACGGGGAACUAAUUGUGACAAUCAAUCGAAAUGGUAUUAUCUUUCGGACACUACUGUGUUUGAAGUAAACCUUUCUGAAGUACUCAACAGUUCUGCAUAUAUGCUGUUUUAUGAAAGAAUUAAUUCUUAA